UUCCUCCUCCUCCGGCCGGACCCACGUGCUCCGGCUUUGUGCGGGCCGGCCCGGCGCUCCUUUCGCUUUCCUUUUCCCCUGCCCGGCUCCCCAUGGCGGCCUGGUUCAGUUUCAGGGCGGAGGAAGACGAGGAGGGGGACGAGGCGUGCUUCUGGAGGUACGACUCCACCUGGGAGGAAGACGACGAUGACGGGGAAGAGGAGGAGGAGGUGGAGGAUGGCGAGUAUGGUGAUGCAGGCCAGCCCGAGGGAGCGGAGGCGGCCGCCGAGGAGGAGCCGGAGGAUGCGGAGAAUUCGGUGCUGAGCUCGCCCCAGGAAUCCCGGCAGGCCCAGUCUAGAUGGUAUACUAUAUUCCUGAAGCUGCUAAUGUAUUUAUUCAAUACUGAGGGACAAAGAAGAUCAGAUUCAUCACCAUUUUUUCAGAGGAGUUUUAAGUUCUCGUGCAGGCGCAACUGGAAUGCAGCAAGAGACUUGCAGAGAUACAGGCAUCGUUACCCGGGUUUGAUAGAAUCAGAAACUGACGAGGAAGAAGAUAUGUGGAACUUAAGCUUCUACAAAAAUGAGAUUGCUUUUUUGCCCCAGGGUUUGCAUAUUGAAGAGCUGCUUGAAUCUUGGUGGGACAACUAUGAAAUUCUGGAAGAAAACCAUUCAUACAUACAGUGGCUAUUUCCUUUACGUGAACAUGGGAUGAACGUGCGUGCGAAGCCACUCACGUGUCAAGAAAUUGAGGCCUUUAAGAAGUCCAAGGAAGUUAUGGAAAGGUUUAUACGUGCUUAUCAACUCAUGCUGAGAUUUUAUGGAAUAAUUCUAGUGAACCAGGAAACUGGAGAACUCAAGAGAGCAGAGAAUUGGUCUGAAAGAUUUCUAAACUUGAACCGGUAUAGCCACAACAAUUUACGGAUUACUCGCAUCCUGAAGUGCCUGGGGGAGAUGGGAUAUGAACGCUAUCAAGUGCACUUGGUGAAGUUUUUCCUAACAGAAACUCUUGUUAAUGAGACAUUACCAAACGUCAAGAGAAGUGCCUUGGAUUACUUCCUGUUCACCAUUAGAAGCAAGCGGAAGAGAAGAGAACUAGUCCACUAUGCUUGGCAACACUACAAACCUCAAGGCAGCUUUGUAUGGGGGCCCCGUGACAAACUCUUGAAGUACAGACCCCGCUCCACCAAGUCACAGCUGCGCCAAAAGGCUGAAAAUAAACAGGAAACUCCCGGUAAAAAAAUUGAUGAUUCAGUGGAAGAGGGUCAGAGCCAGUCUCUGGAGGAGGAACAGAAGGCUGGAGGUGGUGCAGAGUUGCAGCCUGAAGUGAAUGAAGAGGGUAUGAAAGAGGAGUUAAGUGAAUGCGUUUCAAAAGAAGGAGAUGGUGAAGAUGAGAAAAAGGCUUUGUGUGUCCAGCAGGAGGAGGAUUGCAACAGUGAGGCUGAAGUGCAAGAUGCAGCAGAGAAUGACUGUGCAAAGGAGAGCAAGAAGAGAAAACUGGAUGCAAAUAUGGCAGACACCGUAAAGAGCGGGCCAUUGAAAAGCCCUUCUGAUAUUGAAAAAAUCUCCAGUAAUCUGGAGGAAUGUGCAAUUGAUGCAGAAAUCCCCUCAGGUCCACUCUUGCAAACAGGACAGGACCAAGAAACGCCGAAAGAAGAAAAUGCAAACGCCAAAGACUUAACAGUGCCAGAGUCUGGUGAUGCUGCUGUAAAAAGGAGGAAAGUUGAUAAAAGAACACAAAGAACAUUCAACUUGGCCAUAAAUCUGAACAUGGCCCCACCUGCCCGCAGUGCCCAGUUGCAUCCAUCUGUUUCGAACGCUAAGACUGAAGAUGAAAAAGUCAGUGAGAAGAAUGCAGCUGUGGAGGAGAUAAGUGAGAAGGCUGAGGGCAGUGCAAAUGGUGAGGCUCUGAGCUCCUCGACUGCCUCCGUGCCUCCCGACACUGCCCAGACUUCUCCACUGAGCGAUGGCGUGGAGUCAAGUGCGGAUCAAGUCACAGCAAAGAGUGAUGAGCACCACUGCAACAGCACCCUCCUGGAAAGCAGCAGUGAGGCGGAUGGGGUAGAACAGCAUAAAAACGCAGUAAAUGUGAGUGAAAAAGAGGAUGCAAAAGCCACAGGCAACAAACAGGUUCCAGGGAGUCCUGAGCAGAGCGUUGCAUCCGCUUGUCCUGAACAAGACGGUGCUGAGAUUGCAAUUCAAAGAAUGGAUAGCUCUGAGCGUGCGGCAGAACCUGGUGAAGAGCACACAGCAGCAGUGUGAGCACUCAAGCAAGUGGAGAUGUGCUACCCCAACUGCUGAGGGCCAGCUUCCGUGAGCUGUACGCCAUGGAGAAAAUAAACUUUGACUGGACUGAUUCAGCAUAGCCCCAUCUCAUUUUCACUCUUCCACACUUUGAUAAAGUCAUCGGUAAUGACUUCACUGAGAACCAGCUGUUGGUUACCCUAAGGAGGAAAACCUUAAAUUAGUCAUCUUCCUAAACAAGCUGUGUUGUUUGUGUUUCUACUUUUUAUCUGAUGUUCAGAAUUCUUUUGGAGCAACAGGGAUUUUUGCACUUUGCUUUGGUUCUGAGAUGUCCCUUUUUAAAGAAGAAGAAUAUUGAUCAGUUUCCUUGUUUGAACUAGGGAAGUGUUUAAUAAAUACAUGAAUUUUAACGUAAGAUAGCAUGAUCUAAUUUGCCAGACCUUUCUAUUACCAUAUACAUAAUUGGUUAUUUUGGAAGGCAGCACCCUAUUCCUGCAGAGGUGUCUCUUUCCUGGGACAUUUGCCUGAAAGGGAUGAGAGUAUCAUUUUGCAUCAUGUAAGUGUGUUGUUGCCUCUUCUCCUGUAAGAACUGUAAGUUUGAGCUGAGGCUGGGAUAAAAUGUAUAAUCUUAAUGUG